UUGCCUACAGGAGCCGCUGCUUGUGUUGAAUUGAAGAGAUUUGAAGAAGCAAUCACUUGGUGUGAUAAGGGACUAGCUGUAUCCUUUGAAGAAAUCUUUCAUUUUUAACCGUAGGUAUAAUGGAAAUAGUUUCCAUAAUUUGAUGUUUCAAGGGAGAAAAUACAAAGAAGGGUAUUAAUUAUGAUGGGAACUUGUCAGCUCACAUACUUUAAGUGUGUGUUAUUAAGAAACUUAGGAAAAGUUAUUACCUCAUGACUUAUUAAAGAUAUUACUCCUUUUAGCCAAUUUGACUUAGUUAUACUAUCCAUGCCAAUAACUGAUACAUUAGUUUAGAUAACCCUUUAAUUCACAGACCAAGUUUGUAAUUAUCCUUACUGUUAACCGUACGAUUUUUGUAAUGUUAGUUCAAAGAAUUCAGCAUUGGAUCAACUAAUUAUCCCCAAAUUGAUAUUUUUUUUUUACUCUCAACACUCAUCUGAUUGAUAUUGUAUUGCUAUUGUAAGGAGAAAUUCUCUCUUGGUCACUCAUGGGAGUUAAAGGGUUAAAAUACUAAUAUUCAUCCAGUUUAUACAUGGUACGUGGGUAGAUGAUCUCUCUAAAACAAGCCAGAACAAAAAGCUCGGUAAUGUUUAGAUAUCUUAUGCAGAUUUUCUUGCCUUCGACCUUUUUCCACUACUUAGAGACUCGGAAACUUUCGUCCUGCUUUCCUAUGGACAAAUAAAAAUUUUAAAGACACGUAUUGGUGUUGUAGACUCAUUUCUUCCACUGCUGUAAAACAUUCGUCUGAUGUUAAAGCUAUAUUAAUUUAAAAAUUGAGCAAGUGCUGCUCACUUUUUGGAAACUAGGGAUUAAAUUUAGAUAUUUCGCGUUAAAUAUUUAGGCUGCACACUGAAAAAAGAUUUUUUGAAAUGUAAAUUUACUUCAUAACUGACUUUAAGACUGAAUGUUGAUAAAACAUCUAUCUUUCAUGCAAGCCCUCCUAAUGGGCCAUUUUAUAGUUGUGUACUUAGUUGCCAAGCCUUUGAUUUGGAUUAAAGCUGAAGAUGACCUUGUUGAGAUAGAGACCAGUAUCUAGAAACGAUAAUAACAAAGCAGUUUGCUUUAAAUAGCAGCAAUGUUUUUAUCACAACAAGGUCACCCUUAGCCACACUCCUGUUCAAAGGCUUGGGAACCAAGCACGCAAAUGUUAAAAUGGACUAUCAUAAAUCAAUAUGAUCAGAAAAAUAAUAUUUUUUUGUUUUUUCCAAAUUUUUAACCCUUAACAUAAAAAAGAUUGACAAAAACAAUAGGAUCUUGUUGUCAUUAAGACUUCAGUCUGUCAGUGAAGUGGCAGAUAAGUCCAUGGAGGAAAAAGAUCCUAUUAGUCAUGACAACGGUAGUGCAAGUUCAGGUGAUGUCAAGAAAGUCAUAGGUCUCUAUAAUCGGGGAGAAGAAGCCAUAGAGUACCUCAACCUAUAUCUUAAAAAAACUAAAGAAGUAGGAGACAAGCAUGGGGAGGGUAACGCUUAUGGCAAUCUUGGCAAUGCUUAUCACCGUCUGGGUGAUUUCAAAAAAGCCAUAGAGUACCACAACCUACAUCUUAAAAUAGCUAAAGAAGUAGGAAACAAGCAUGGGGAGGGUAACGCUUAUGGCAAUCUUGGCAAUGCUUAUCAGAGUCUGGGUGAUUUCAAAAAAGCCAUAGAGUACCACAACCUACAUCUUAAAAUAGCUAAAGAAGUAGGAGACAAGCAUGGGGAGGGUAACGCUUAUGGCAAUCUUGGCAAUGCUUAUGAGAGUCUGGGUGAUUUCAAAAAAGCCAUAGAGUACCACAACCUACAUCUUAAAAUAGCUAAAGAAGUAGGAGACAAGCAUGGGGAGGGUGGUGCUUAUGGCAAUCUUGGCAUUGCUUAUAAGAGUCUGGGUGAUUUCAAAAAAGCCAUAGAGUACCACAACCUAAAUCUUAAAAUAGCUAAAGAAGUAGGAGACAAGCAUGGGGAGGGUAACGCUUAUGGCAAUCUUGGCAAUGCUUAUGACCGUCUGGGUGAUUUAAAAAAAGCCAUAGAGUACCACAACCUACGUCUUAAAAUAGCUAAAGAAGUAGGAAACAAGCAUGGGGAGGGUAACGCUUAUGGCAAUCUUGGCAAUGCUUAUCUUAGUCUGGGUGAUUUCAAAAAAGCCAUAGAGUACCACAACCUAGCUCUUAAAAUAGCUAAAGAAGUAGGAGACAAGCAUGGGGAGGGUAACGCUUAUGGCAAUCUUGGCAAUGCUUAUCACCGUCUGGGUGAUUUCAAAAAAGCCAUAGAGUACCACAACCUACAUCUUAAAAUAGCUAAAGAAGUAGGAGACAAGCAUGGGGAGGGUAACGCUUAUGGCAAUCUUGGCAAUGCUUAUCACCGUCUGGGUGAUUUCAAAAAAGCCAUAGAGUACCACAACCUACAUCUUAAAAUAGCUAAAGAAAUAGGAGACAAGCAUGGGGAGGGUGGUGCUUAUGGCAAUCUUGGCAAUGCUUAUCAGAGUCUGGGUGAUUUCAAAAAAGCCAUAGAGUACCACAACCUAGAUCUUAAAAUAGCUAAAGAAGUAGGAGACAAGCAUGGGGAGGGUGGUGCUUAUGGCAAUCUUGGCAAUGCUUAUGACAGUCUGGGUGAUUUCAAAAAAGCCAUAGAGUACCACAACCUACAUCUUAAAAUAGCUAAAGAAGUAGGAGACAAGCAUGGGGAGGGUGGUGCUUAUGGCAAUCUUGGCAAUGCUUAUUUAAGUCUGGGUAAUUUCAAAAAAGCCAUAGAGUACCACAACCUAGAUCUUAAAAUAGCUAAAGAAGUAGGAGACAAAUCCUUGGAGGCAAUUGCCUACUAUUCAUUAGGAUGCGUUUUUGAGUUGCAAGGUGGACUGCCAAAAGCCGUUGAACAUUACCAAGCUAGCAUAAACUUAUUCAAUUCCUUGAGAGAACUUCUAAAAUCAAAAGAUGAGUGGAAAGUUAAUUUUCGAAAUCAGCAUCAAAUGGCGUAUACGGGUUUGUGGAGAGUUCUCGUAGAACAAGGUAAUGUAGAUGAAGCCUUAUUUGUUGCUGAGAAAGGACGAGCUCAAGCUCUCACCGACCUCAUGGAAUCCAGUUUUUGUGGUGGAACAAUUCACCACAAGGGAGAAGAUGAAGAUUUCACAGUUUUAAAAAACGUUCCAUCAAACACUGUCUUUCAGGCAGUGGACAAAGCUAACGUCAAUCUUUGGGUUGUUUCCGAAGGAAAACAAGUUCGGUUAAGACAAAAUAAACUCAAAGGUUUUGUUUCAGAGAAUAGUGGAGUUAGCCAGUCCUUUGAGUCGUUCAUGCUCGGUGUCUAUACACAACUUGGUGUUCGUUCUAAUGUGAGAUGCGAGAAUCGAUCUUUAGAUGCUUUGAGGGAGGGCCGUUCAAAAGUGGAUGAGAAAACCAAAGAAGCCAACCCUCAACCUCAUAUCCAACAAGACGGAUACUUGAGCACUUUGUAUGAUAUCGUUAUGAAGCCGGUGGCUGACUUGAUUGAAGGGGAUGAGCUACUCAUUAUUCCUGAUGGACCCCUGUGGAUCGCUCCUUACGCUGCAUUGAAGGAUGGUAAUUCUAAAUACCUGUGUGAAUCGUUCACAAUCCGAGUCGCUCCAUCGUUAGCAAGUCUUAGACUCAUUGCCGAUUGCCCAGAUGAUUAUCACAAAAGCAGUGGUGCGUUACUUGUAGGAGAUCCGUGGGUAUCCGAGGUUACUAACAGCGAGGGAGAGAAAGUCCUCGAGCAGCUUUCGUGUGCUAAAGAAGAAGUAGAAAUGAUCGGAAAAAUUCUGAAUAUCACGCCAAUCACUGGCAGACAAGCCACGAAACGUGAGGUGUUGAAAAGACUCAGUUCCGUUUCCUUAGUUCACUUUGCGGCACACGGAUGUCCGGAAACUGGCGAAAUUGCUCUUACACCUGACCUAGACCGAAUAUCUACUGUGCCUACGGAGAAGGAGGAUUAUAUUUUAACGAUUCGAGAUGUGUUGAAUGUUCAACUUCGCGCCAAACUUGUUGUGCUCAGUUGCUGCCACAGUGGUCGGGGCGAGAUCAAGGCUGAAGGUGUGGUUGGCAUUGCGCGCGCUUUUAUGGGAGCUGGUGCUCGGUCUGUUGUGGUGUCCCUGUGGGCGAUUGAUGAUGAGGCUACUCUCCAGUUCAUGAAAUGCUUUUAUCAACACCUUGCAGAAGGUAAACCUACAAGCAAGUCACUGAACCUGGCCAUGAAAAGCCUCAGAGAAUCAGAUGAGUUCCACGACAUCAAAUACUGGGCGCCCUUUAUGCUGAUUGGAGAUGACCUCACGUUUGACCCGAUGGCAAAGGAAAGAGAAAAUUUGAAUAGAAAAUCAAAUAAAUGA